AUGGAGCGGGCAGGGGCUCCGGGGCUCCGGCUGGCGCUCGGGCUGGCGCUGCUGCUGGCUCGGCCGCCGUCGGGCCGCGCGGGGGCCCCCGAGGCGCAGGAGCCCGCGACGCCCGGCACGGCGGCUCCGGCCCGGGGCGACCGCUGCCGCGGCUACUACGACGUGAUGGGCCAGUGGGACCCGCCCUUCAAUUGCAGCCUGGGCGCCUACAGCUUCUGCUGCGGCACGUGCGGCUACCGCUUCUGCUGCCACGACGGGCCGCGGCGCCUCGACCAGAGCCGCUGCUCCAACUACGACACGCCGGCCUGGGUGCAGACCGGCCGGCCUCCCGCCCGCGCCCGCGACGCCGCCGCGCCCCGGGACCCGGGCCGCGAGCGCAGCCACACGGCCGUCUACGCGGUGUGCGGCGUCGCCGCGCUGCUCGUGCUGGCCGGCAUCGGCGCGCGCCUGGGCCUCGAGAGGGCGCACAGCCCGCGCGCGCGGCGCACGGUGACCAGGACACUGACAGAACUUCUGAAGCAGCCUGGCUCCCAGGAACCGCUGCCUCCACCUCUGGGCCUGCCCCUGGGUAGCUGUGUCCAGGUGCAGAUGGGCGAUGGCCUCUCCCGGAGCUCCCCGCACAACAGCACAGGUCCUGGGACUCAGCGCCUGGCUCAGGUAAGUGCUGGCGAGCCUUCCAUUAGGUUAGCACCCCUCAGGGCUGGCUGCCAUAGAUGUCAUUCCCAGCCAGGCCCUGUCGGGAGCUGGAGAUGCUGCCGUGAGGACAGGCUCCGCUCUCGGUCACUUCUCCCCGAGCUGCAGCAGCUGGGGAGAGGGCCGCGAAGCGGCAGUGGCGCAGGUGGAGAGCGCCGGCUCAGCGGGCCUCGCCGCGCCUAUUUUCCCUCCCCUCCAGACAAGAAACGCCUCAACAACGCGCCCCUGGGGUCCGCCCCCCCAGGGCCCCCGCGCGGCCCCCGGUUGCAGGGCGGAGGCAGCGUGACGCUGCAGCCCGACUACGCCAAGUUCGCUCCUCCGAAGACAGCCACGCUCCAGGCCGCAGAGGCCGCCCCCCAGGACUAUUACCAGCGUUUUCCCACCACCGAGCCGGCCCCGCGGACCCUCCCGGCGCGGGCCCCGCGGCCCCCUGAGGAUUUGCGGGCACUGCUGGACGCCUGCCCCUGGGCCCCGCCGGGCUACGGAUCCCCCGCCUGCCCUACCCCGUCGGGCCACUACGCAGCCUGGACCGCCGGCCGCCGAGCCCGGCCCGCCCCCCGAGGCCACCUGGCGUCUCAGGCCUCCCCGGCGCCCCCGCGGUCAUGCCACGCGCCCCGGCGCCAGUUCAGCGUGGAGAAGCUGCCCGAGGCCUUCAGCCCACAGGCCCCCCGCCUUUACGGCAGCGCGGGCCGCGCACCCCGGCACCUGAGCACCAACAGCAAAGCCGAGGUCACCGUGUGA